AUGGCUUCGCCCGCCCGCGCGGCUCCGGGCGCCCGGCUCACCCCCGCAGCGCGCCCGGACGAUGGCGUCCGCAGGAAGCCUCGGCUGGCGGCGUCGUUGCAGCUCAGCCCCGGGCCCGGCCCUUGGCGGCCCCCGUCUAGCCUGGGCCAAGAUCCCUGGGAGCCCGAGCCUGUCCCCGGCGCGGAGGAGGGGGCCGGGCAGCCCCAGGCCUCGGCGGCGGGGGACGGUGGGCCCGGGGUGGGGGCCGGAGUCGGGGGGCUGGGAGCCGCCCGGGCGCAGGAAGACUCGGGGGGACGGGUGGGAAGGUCCCCGAGAGUCGCUGUCCCCCCCAGACAGCUGAACCUGCAGCUCAAAGACCUGCCCCCGGGACAGGCCGUGGCCCUGCUCACGCAGUACGCCACCAGCCUGGGCGUCUCCCUCAUCUUCCGAGAGGACCAGGAGGCAGGCCCCUGCCCGACCUUCUCAGUGUGCGCGGAACUGGACGGCAUGGUCUGCCCCGCAGGCACCGCCAACAGCAAGACAGAGGCCAAACAGCAGGCAGCUCUCUCUGCCCUCCGCUAUCUCAGGAGUCAGCUGGAAGGUCUAGAGCCCCCCAAGACUCCCAGCAGGCCUCUGCUCACCUCCCUGAGUAUAGAGAACAUCCUGACCCAUGAGCAGCGCUGCGCGGCCGUGGUCAGCGCCGGCUUCGACCGCCUGGUGGAUGAGAAUUCGCCCUACCGGGCCUGUAAGGGAACCGUGGCUGCUGUGAUCUUGGAGAGGGAGAUCCUGGGUGCCCAGGGCCUCGCCAAGGAGACCUAUGAGCUCGUGGCCCUGGGCACGGGCAGCAGCUGCUGUGCCGGCUGGCUGCAGUUCUCGGGCCGGCAGCUGCAUGACUGCCACGGCCUGGUGAUCGCCCACCGGGCCCUGCUGAGAUUCUUGUUCCGGCAGCUCCUGCUGGUGACACAAGGGGGCCCCAAGGGCCAGGAGCGGUCCGUGCUGGCCCCCCAGCCUGGGCCUGGGCCCCCCUUUGCCCUCAAGCCCCGGAUCUUUCUGCAUCUCUAUGUCAGCAAUACCCCCAAGGGAGCUGCACAUGACAUCUACCUCCCGGCAUCCUCGGAGGGUGGCUUCCUGCACUGCCCCCCGUUCCGCCUCCAGGCCCACAUCUGCGGGGAGCUGAAGCCCGUGUGCUAUCUGAUGCCCUCGCUGCGCGACACCCAUGUGUGCUGCCUAUCGGCCAGCGACAAGCUGGCACGCUGGGCCGUGCUGGGGCUGGGGGGCGCCCUGCUGGCCCACUUCCUGCCACCCCUCUAUGCCACCAGCCUCGUCCUGGCUGACCCCUGCCACGACCCUCCCACUCUGAGCAACGCCAUCCACACCCGACCCAACCUAGAUGGGGCCGCGGGGCCGGGCCUGCCUCCUCCAUACGCACGUACCACCCUGCACCUGUUUGCGGGGCCCCCGGUGGCCCCCUCAGAGUCCACCUCCAACUCCUGCCCUGGUGUGAGCCUCAACUGGAGCCUGGGGGACCCUGGCAUCGAGGUCGUGGACGUGGCCACGGGGCGUGUGAAGGCAGAUGGUGCCCCGGGGCCACCCUCCCGACUCUGCAAGGCGGCCUUCCUCAUGGCCUUCCGCCAGGCCGCCCGCUCCCUGGAGAAGCCGCAGCUCCUGGCCUUGAAGACCUACCAGGCUGCCAAGGCUGGGCCCUACCAGGAGGCGCGCCGGCAGCUGGCUGUGCUGCUCGACCUGCAGGGCCUGGGCGCCUGGCCCUCCAAGGCACUGGUGGGCACCUUCAGGAGCUGAGAGCAGACCCCAGGCCGGUG